AUGUUUACAAUUUCUAUCCACGAAGGAUACGCCCUAGGUACCCUCACCAUGGUUAUGGCUGCUAUAGAUACUGCAGAAUCAUCUUGAGAAGUGUCACCUUCAAUAAAGGGCAAAGCGGGUGAAAAUAAAUAUGUUUAUCAAGAACGGAGUAAUUUACUGGAACAACGAACUUCUUGUAUUUUGAAGAUUGAUAGGUUUGUCCUUUGUCGUCGUAGUCGGUUUGAGCUUUUUUUGUGCAAAGCUCUAAAGCUGCUUGCCCUUCGGGAUCCAAGGUGCUCGCCGGUCAUUGUAACGCGCUAGAGGCUCCGUAUAAGUUCUCAUUCAACUAUCCGGAGGGAGAUGAUGGCUGGUCUUGCGGUGGGUUUAGUGGCAUGAAGUAUUUGCAAAUGUUCUGCUCUGCGGAUUUCCCAAUACGGAUGGUUGGAUUACGGCACCCCAUGCUACAAAUUUAAAUUUUUUUAUUCUAUCAUCUCCUAUGUCUAAUAAGCAAUGUCCAUGUUUCUUAAUAGUAGGUGGUUACGUUGAACUGCGACAGGGAAACGAGCAUGACCUUGAACGUUAACCCAUUACUUGACUUGAAGAAUUUGGGAAGAUGCAGCGUGCGUUCCACUGCUAUAAUUUGGAUUCUGUAUACUUAUGAUCUUUGGUACUUGAAUCGUGUUACAACUGCAUCUUGUCAUUUCAUCUGGUUUGUCUUUGACAGUAUCCGUAUCAUCUAUUUGACUAGUCACCAUCUGGUGCUCUCUAAGUUUUCUGGGGCCAUUCGACGAUUGGGGCCACGUGUAUUGCCCGCCAGGUUACAGCCACCUCUUAUCAGGCGGUUGCAUUACUCGACUCGCAGAGGUGGGGUAUCAAGCUAGUCGUCCAUACUGUGGCGGUCUGGAUAUCUGCCAGCAUGACGCUAGGAUAUCUACACUCGUCGAGUCCGUGAAUCAUAGUACUGCUAUCUUUGUUUGACCCGGUGGAAUCAGUUCAUUGUGUCAAACCGAUCAGAUCAUUACACUUUACAGGUCGGAUAUUACUAGACUUGAGCGCCCGGUAGCACUCCUCCCACUAGGAUCCUCCAACCCCGGCACGCACUUCCUCGACCCCGGCGCGAUUCCGCUUCCCCGGCUCCUCCCCCGCCCGCCAACCGUCUGGCGGCGUUGAUCGUUUGAACAAGAGCCGGGCGGGGGACGGCGUGCGGCCAUUGAAAAAAAAAAGGCACAGGCCGAAGACGUUGGCCUGUCGGUGUGCUCUUCGCUUCUUUUGGCAGGUUUGGCCUUCUUUGCGUGCAAGUUGCAGCGCUCGAGUUUGCAACUUGUCGAGAUUCUUCUUCUUGUGAUACAAUCAAAAAGCUUGCAGUUGGAUUUUUUUCCGUUUCGUUCUUCUUGGAUAUAGUCAAAAAGUUUGGGCUUCCAGCCUCAAGCUUGAGCGCCUUUUUCCAGCAACAUCAAGAGAUGGACCCCACCAGCCUAGAAACUUUGAGACAUCGAGGCGCCGCCUUUAAUCUUAAGCGCUCAGCUUUGGGCCCUUAGCCUGGAGCUUUCAGUUUUGGGCUUUGGGCUUUCUGCUUUCAUUCUUGAGCCUUCGAUACUCAGUUUUGAGCUUCCAGCUUUGGGCUUUCAGCUUUGGGCCUUCAGCUUUGCGCCCUCAGCUUUGGGCUUUCAGCUUUGGGCUUUCAGCUUUGGGCUUUCAGCUUUGGGCCUUCAGCUUCGGGCUUUCAGCUUUGGGCUUUCAGCUUUGGGCUUUCGGCUUUGGGCUUUCAGCUGUGGGCCUUCAGCUUUGGGCCUUCAGCUUUGGGCUUUGGGAUUUCAGCUUUGGGAUUUCAGCUUUGGGCCUUCAGCUUUGGGCUUUCAGCGUUGGGGUUUCAGCGUUGGGCCUUGGGCUUUCAGCUUUGGGCCUUCAGCUUUGGGCUUUCGGCUUUCAGCUUUGGGCCUUCAGCUUUCAUCUUUGGGUUUUCGGCUUUCAGCUUUGGCCUUUCAGCUUUGGGCAUUGGCUUUUCAGCUUUCAUCUUUCAGCUUUGGGCUUUCAGCGUUGGGCUUUCGGCUUUGCGCUUUCAGCUUUGGGCCUUCAGCUUUGAGCCUUCAGCUUUGGGCUUUGGCAUUUCAGCUUUGAGUUUUGGCCUUUCGGCUUUGGGCUUUGGCCUUUCAGCUUCGAGGCUUCAGCCUUGGGCUUUCAGCUUUCGGCGUUUGGGCUUUCAGCCUUGGGCUUUCAGCUUUGGGCCUUCGGCUUUGGAUCUUCGGCUGUGGGCUUUCAGGUGUGGGCCAUCAGCGUGACACCCUAAGGCUUAGGCUUACGCCCUCACUGGAAUGCUUUAAAAUUCUGAAGCUUCUGGGCAUCGCCGUGAACUUUUGAAAAGUUUCAAACUUUUCGGGGCUCAAGUGGUAAAAUAGCGUCGCGGCUGUAUCGCGUAAGUUCAGAAAGCUUGGAAAAUUUGGAAAGCUCGGAAAUUUCGGAAAGUUUGGAAAAUUUGGAAAGCUUGGGAAGCUUGGAAAGCUUGGAAAGCUUGGAAAGCUUAGAAAGCUUGGAAAGCUUGGAAAAUUUGGAAAGCUUGGAAAAUUUGGAAAGCUUGGAAAGCUUGCAAAGGCUGCAAAGGUUGCAAAGUUUGCAAAGCUUCAAAAGUUUGGAAAGCUGUGAAAGUUUGGAAAGUUUGGCAAGCUUCGCAGCUUUGGGAAAGUUGGGAGAGCUGGGAAAUUUGGGAAAGCUGGGAAACUUGGGAAAGCUGGGGAAGUUGGGAAAGCUGGGAAACAAAGCUGGGAAACUUGGGAAAGCUGGGAAGGUUGGGAAAGUUCGGGAGUCAGAAGUGGAAGAGCCUUGGGCCCGGAAGUGGAAGGCUGAGAUUUUCUUUGGCGGGGUUGUUGUUGUUUUUUACUUUAGCUCUUUAAUGUUUUUGCAUGCUUUUUCUGGUCGUGCAGAGACUGAGAUAAAUCAUGUGUAUCACACAGCCUAUUUUCCUAUCACACACAGUGCAUUGGAAUGCUUGGGAGUGCGGUGGAGGUGGCACCUCAAAAAGCAUCUUCGCGCUGUGCACUAAUGAUGUUGGCGCUCAGCUGAUUUCUAGACAAUAUGCGUUUCUACAUGGAGACUGGAAAAGCACUGCGUGCCCAAGCAGCGACUUCAUCUCAGUGGGUGUAGGGUGUCGAACGUCGGCUGACCAAUUUCAGGUAGACCGAAGGACUUAGAUAGUUGUGUCCUCCUAGUGAGGACGACGGCUCGUAAUUUUGAAAGUUUAGAAAUCUAUAACGAGAUUAUUCAAGAAGGCGCUUCAUUCCGUGGCAGUCUUUUGAUCACUUCUAUAACUGAAGCGAAUUCGUCUCGCCGGUAUUUAGAUCUACUUACAAUUACUACCAGAAAUGCCACGAUGAUAAGGUAGCUUGAGUGAGAUCAUUCUACAAUCGGUCUAGCGUUCGUACUUCUCAAAGUACAUGAUUUGAAGAUCUGUAGUAUCUUCGAUCAAUCUCGUUUCUCACACAUGAUUGUACUCGCGCUGUCAACCACCAAUCAGGGCGCGCAGGCUGGUUAUUCCGCGGAGGGGUAUGGUCUGAUUGAUCUUUCUAAGAGGGAUAUAUGGCAAAUUUUUCAUCAUUCAAGAACGUGACUAGUUGUAGAAUUGGUUGUCCGACCCGACUUCGCUUAUAAUCAGUUUCCUUUGACGAGGACGAGGAAGUCAAGAGAACAGGCGUCCUAAGGGAAUGAAGUCAGGGAAGCGAAGGCAAGUGAACAAACAUGAGCACUAGAAAAACGGCUGAUUAUUAGAUGUCACUGAUGCGAGGAUGAUGACGAAAGUAUUUCUAAAAAAUAGGGCGGCUUGCGUUGGCUGGGGCUGUGCUACGCCUUGGUGCUGGAAGGAGAUUCAUGCCAUCUGCGUGAACCGGCUAUGGCGUUUUAUUCGAUUUUUCUGCAUUGAUUCCUACUGAUCGUAAUUUGUUACGAUCGUAGUUGUCUUAUAUAUUUCUAUGUAAACACUGAAAAUCAUUUACCUCAGCCACUUGGGAUAGUUGAUUAUCCCUUCUCUCCGGAUUCGAAUCGAUUCCUGAUAAACCAUCAUUAUACCGAGAUGCAAGGAACAAAAUUUAAAUAACAAAACGAAUAUGCUUGUAUAACACGUUUCUAAGAUAAGCAACGGAUGCGCCCGCGUAUGGUGCAGUACGCGUACUGUAUGAAAUUAAUGGGGAUUAUGUCGAGCAAGCAGAGUACGACUACUGGAAAGGCAGACUAUUACAAGACUCUAGGAGUUCUUCAAGCGAGGUUAAGGCAAGUUAAUAAUGCUAUUUCGUACCGUAGUACUAGUGCUUGUGAUCAUGAUGUUGACAUGAGAGAAAAAGUGUGGGUGUCGUACUACGAACUUUAAGUUUAGAUCAAUGUAUCUAGAGUUGGCUAUCAAUGAAAUUAGUUAGCAGCAGAUGAAUUUGCAUUUGUCCUUCUCGUAAUCGUUUGGAUGUGAGAUGCAGGUUCAUUCAGCUUUUGACCACCAUGCCGUUCUUCUGCUAAUGAAACAGACGAAGAGAGGACGAACGAAGGCACAAUACACUCUGCUGGCCGAACCUCAAAUGUAGUGCGCGCAGCUCUAUGGCGCGAGAAGUACUGGGCGCAGCAAGGACGAGAUGAGCAAGAUUCGGCUUCAAAGUCAGCAGACGCGACGUGGGGCCGUAGACUGCUUGGCGGCGCGGACAGCGCAUUGUCUUCGGUCAGCAACCUGCUUCCUGGACGAAAGACAGACGACGAGGGCACUUUGGGGGUUUAUCAUAGAAGAGAAGGCUACGUGGAUCCCUCCUCGGGUCUGGGCGCCGCGGCCAGUGUUCAGCGAGGUUUGUCAUCAGAGGAGUCUGCAGAUGAUAAACGAAUGGUGAUCUCAUCGUCUUCCACAACAUCGUCGAUAGCUGCCUCUGGAUUGUCCGUGCAUCAAAGUAGUAAGAGGCGCUUGACAGCUGUCGCUGGAUUUCCUCCAUUAUCAGGCUACAAUACGAGCCACUGGCGAUACAACGGCUUCAAAGUGAACUGUCCAAUAAACCAGUGUGUUUACAUCAGGAGCGCACAACCCGCCUGGAUGAGUGUCGAUGGGAUGGGGAACCUCUUUGCCAGUAACCCAGGACAGGAUCCUAAUUGGGAUAGUGACUGCUGGUAUCUCAAAAUGGAAGUUAUGAACCUCUACUCACUACUCCAUCCUGCGAAGACGCAUCUUAGUGGAUAUCAUUCUUUUCAAUUUCAUCAAGGGGAGCAAAGUGGUGCUCAGAAGAUUACUUAGAUGCACUUAUGGCUUAGGAUGGGUCGAUGUAGAAGAGGUCUAAGAAGGGAAGCAUGGACAACGGUUCACCCUCUCCAGCCCAGGCCCCAGAUAUUUUCUUCCUGUACCAUCCGAUGCAGGGCAAAUACAUUUAAGUGUGGUUUUGUUUGACUGGAAGUCUGCAUACUUACAUAGUACGCAUCUACACUAAAGGACUACUUCAUACACCAGGCUUGUCCUGUAAUCUAAGCUACACACGAUUAGAAAAACGACUUCGCGUGACGUUUAAAUAGGAUCGUCUCUUGAGUAGUCAACGUAAACUCUCAAAAGUUGAAGAAGCGUCCAAGAUAAUAUUGCUAUACGUGUUCUAAGAGCGUUUCAAAUUAAUUUAUUCAAUCAUAGACCGGGGAUCGAACAGCUGUACCCCUCAUCGUUCUAAUUUCUUGGCGGGACUGAGAGCACACCAAAUCCGAUGGGCCAUGGUUUAGGCGGCGAGCUGUAUAGGAUUAAGUACGAAGAAAAAGAUUUCGCAGAACGGCUGACCGCGAGAAGUAAAGAGGACCACGGAUCCGGUGAACCAAACAUCCGGCACUUUCACGCAAACAGUCAGUGUUAUGGCGCAAAAACUAUACGCCAACGUUUGUUUUUGAAUUUGUUGUCACCAGUUUAGCUUUGGGGUUACUGCCGACGGUCCAGCGACGCUUAAAGCAGAUAAAGAAACGUAUUCGGCUUACACAAGUUUGCCGCAUCUUCUCUCCUUCAUGAAAUGCAAAUAGAGCUCGUAUGAGCCGCUAGUAUGCCGCUCAACAAGGUAGAGAUCAUACUGGGAAAUUCUGAAUAAAGUUGUAGUUGAGUCUUGAUAAAGAAUAACCGCGAACGUACUUUCACGAGAGUAAGUAUCAAUUGGCAAGCAGAAUGUGACCACGGACCUCGAACUGUGGUUCUAUGGAGUACUAGUAUUUAGACAGCUACUAGUUCUAAGAGCAGAAUUUUGGGGGAAACGGCGCAGAAGAGAUGUUCUAUAUAAUGGACCGCCAUGGACACGCAGCUUGCUACGAACCGACGGAUUUAUCGAAGACCUAUACCGGAUUUCACUGCGAGUUGGGAGGCCCCGUGAGGUUGCGUUCGAGCCAUGGCAAUUUCUUGGCGAUGUCGGACCAAACCGAUGUGGAGCAAAUGGUUCAGGUCGUGGACUCUGCGAUGGCCUACGGCGAAUUUCAUUUGAUCAAAUGCGGCUCCGACGCCCACUGUUAUGUCACUUGUUGAUGUUAUAGUACUAACAGGAAGAUGUCAACAUCUAUUUCCAGAAUCAGAUAUUUCAGGAAAAACCAUCUCGGGAAGUUCCGCAAAAAAUGAUUCGAGAACACAAAGUCUAAUGUUGCUUUCGGAGUGUGUCGCACGGGACGUGGCUGCAGGCGCAGCCCGAUGGCUCCUGGCGCUGGGCGGACGGUGGAGACGCUGCCACAGUGGGUCGUCGAGGCGCUUGGGAGCGUUUUGUGAUCACACCGCACCCGAAUGAUGGCGGAAAUAGGGCCUGCGUUGCCAGCAAAGCACAUGCGAAUAAGUACUACUUGCAGGAUGACAAUGACGGGGAUAUAGCGAAGCGCGAUGGCUCCGGAGAUGGAUGCUACGGCUGGGAAUCCUGGGAUAUCCUGACAUCCGAUUUUACGACCUAAAUUUAUCAUCAACAUGACUUUUUCGUCACGGUAGAGAGCGCCAAGCGAUUCUGGGUCCCUCGCUGUGGCACGUACAGUAUCUAUUUUGUCUUAUACCGCUUCGUUUUAUUUGUUGGAUUUGUAACAGCAGCAACUUCAACAUGUUCGUCUUUAUUGUUUGUGUCGAAAGAAAGUAGAGAAAUAGAUGCGAAAACAUUCUCCUGAAUAGCUCUAAAAGCGUGAACAACCAUGCGUGCCGGUGGUUUACCACGACGACAACGCCGCCUCCGAUGAGUGGCAUCCCGUAUCAUUACUACAAAAACGAUGAGACAGGGCAAGAGACGGAGUGUCCGCUUGGCACGUGUGUUUACAUCAUGUCCGCUAACAACAAGUGGCUGAGCGUAGACAGCAGUAAUAACGAUCCGAAAAUGGUUGACGGUGAUUCUCAGGGUAGUCCCACGGACGACGAAUGCUGGAAAUUUUUUCAAACGGGGUCGUACGACAGCAACAACGGUGGCAACUACAAGGCCACCGGAGCGACACAGUACUUUGUGCAGCAUGUCGCCACCCAGCGCUACUUGUGGGGUACAGACAGCAACUCAGUUGGUACCCAGUCGUGGGCAAUGCCAGGCGAAAAAUGGGAACUUCAUAAGGACGCAGAUGGGGCUGGGGCACGUGAACGCUUUAUCGUGGUGUCCAAGUUAAGUCACAUUUUUUUCAAAUGCAAAAAGUGUGAAGGAGUUAGUGCGUUUACCUCGCGUGUUGACUGGAAAAUGGAAAUAGGGAGCAGUCAUUUUUCGGAUCUACUUUUUUCGGGCAAGUAAGUAGGAAGUUGGGAUCGAUUGGGACAUUCAAACUCUCGCGCAGAGUAAAAUCCGGAGUAAAAUCAUUCUCAUGGAAUACUUACUUAUAAAAAAAGAAAACUCAUACCCAUGAGGACCAUCGAUCUUGCUCUCUCUAAGAAAACGAGAUAACAACAUGUCUCCGUAUGAGAUGCGGGAUCAUGUAGAAGUUGAUGACAUGCAGUUCGGAUCUGGAGGAGUGCAGGAGAGGUUCUGGGUCCGCGACCGACAUGGGAACAUGGCUUGCCACAAGACGCCUGACUUUUAUGAUGCGAUGAAAGACUCAGACUCUCUUACUUAGUUAGAAGCGUCGUUUCUUGCAGUUCUAAGGCCGAAGAGAUUGCUGGCCUAGAUGACGGUGAGGGUAUCCUGGUGAUAUCUUCUCAUUUUGAAAAUUGUUGUUGAAAAAUGAACGUGUUAUGCACGAAGCCUUUUGUUAUCGUAACACACGACGUCAUCUUCUAUGUAUAGCUGAUGUCACGUGCUAGAAACACGUCAUCAACAUGACUGAGAAGCGGUUGAAUAUGGUCGCGGUCUUGAUGUAGUAUCAUCGAAUCGGAAGUGGUCUCUUUUUUUAUGAUUAUACACUAGCCUCCACAAGCUUCGCCCGGCUUCAAGUUACUUUAGCACUUUCCUGCGGCCUCCCACGGGCUACAGCCGCUAGAGUAUUCGAAAACUCAAAAUAAGCGAGUUACUGACUGAAAUAAGGGAGGUAGCUUUGACAGCGCUACUCUUCCUUGUUCAGUAUCUCGCUUAUUUUCAGCAGUUUUUACUCGCUUAUUUCAGUUUUUCGAAUAGAGACAGCCCGCGGGUGAGCUGUUGCACCCUACGAAUUGACUACGACAAGAGCCGGGUGCCGGCGGUGGCCGACUCAGAUGCGUCGACUCAUGUGCAGGGGAUUGCGCUGCCUUCGGUUUUUUUUUGAGAUUGCCGGGGGGGUCAUGCAAAUUCUUAAGAAUUUGCAAGACCCCCACGGCAGUCCAACAAAAAAACCAGAAGAGAGCCACCAGACACGCACAAGAAUCCGCAAGCCCCAACGCACGCAAGCGCCUCGCGGUGGCGCCAGGCAAGAACGAGGGGCGACCUUGAUGGGCCAAACAAGACAAAGCAACGCAGGGCCGCGCUGCUUGGGUCUCUCUACGCGCUUACACCUGGCGGGGCUUCUUUGUUUCGUCAGAUGUCUCUCGUCAGAAACAGGCGGGCGCACUUCGCGGGGUCGUGCGGCGUCGCGCUUCGGGCUGUGGCUGAAGCCUCUCGGCUGGCUGACGUCUUUCACCAAGCUGGAGACUAAGGCCCUCCAUCAGGCUGAUGCCGUUCGUCAGCCCAACGCUCUGCGCCAGGCUGGCGGCGUUCGUCGGGCAGGCCGGCGCCCCUCGGCAGGCGUCUUGGGUCAGGCUGAGGCUUUUCGUCAGGGUCGGGCGACGUCUCUCGUCAGGCUGAAGCGCUUCGCCUGGCUGACAUUCCUCGCCGGGCCGAGACUCACGCCUUUGGUCAGGUUGAUGGCUUGCUUCAGCUCGGCGCCGUUCGUCAGGCUGAUGCACUCGCCAGCCAGGUGAGGCCUCUCGCCAGGCCGGCGCAAUGCUUCGCCAGGCGUCUGCCUUGCGUCGGAGGGAACAGGCUGAGCGGGGCCUUUCUUCGGGCUGCGGAUGUCUUUCCUUCGUAAGAUUGACCCCGUUCUUUCGUCGGACUGACGUGCUUCGCCAGAUUGACCGCGUUCGCCGGACUGACGUCCUUCGCGAAAGGUCUUCGCUAUCUUCAAGGGCCUCGCGCCACAGGGAGGCCUCGCGUCAGUUUUUCUGGCGGAGGUCGUUCGUCAGAUGUCUGCUGUCGCGGGUCUCACUCUUGUCGUGUCGGAGGUCUUGGGCCCAAAGGUCGUCUUUGGUCCACGCACAGGUCGCCGGUGGUCCACAGGUCGCCUGUGGCCCAAAGGUCGUCUUCGGUCCAAAGGUCGGCUUUGGUCCAGAGGUCGUCUGUGGUCCAGAGGUCGCUUUUGGUCCAGCGGCCGUCUUUGGUCCAAAGGUCGCCUUACUUUGGUCCAAAGGUCGCCCUACUUUGGUCCAAAGGUCGCCCUACUUUGGUCCAGAGGUCGAAGGGUCGCCUUACUUUGGUCCAAAAGUCGCCCUACUUUGGUCCAGAGGUCGGCGCACUUUGGUCCAAAGGUCGGCUUACUUUGGUCCAAAGGUCGGCUUACUUUGGUCCAAAGGUCGCCUUACUUUGGUCCAAAGGUCGCCUUACUUUGGUCCAAAGGUCGCCCUACUUUGGUCCAGAGGUCGCCGGGUCGCCUUACUUUGGUCCAAAAGUCGCCCUACUUUGGUCCAGAGGUCGGCGCACUUUGGUCCAAAGGUCGGCUUACUUUGGUCCAAAGGUCGGCUUACUUUGGUCCAAAGGUCGCCUUACUUUGGUCCAAAGGUCGCCUUACUUUGGUCCAAAGGUCGCCCUACUUUGGUCCAGAGGUCGCCGCACUUUGGUCCAGAGGUCGCCUGUGGUCCCGCGGUCGUCUUCGGUCCCAAGGUCGUCUUUGGUUUCAAGGUCGUCUUUGGUCCCAGUGUCGUCUUAAGUCCCAAGGUCUCCUGUGGUCCAGAGGUCGCCUGUGGUCCAAAGGUCGCCCCUGGGUCAAAGAUCGCCUUUGGGCCAAAGAUCGUCUUUGGGUCAAAGAUCGCCUGUGCUCCAAAGGUCGUCUUUGGUCCAAAGGUCGCCUUUAGUCCGAAGAUCGCCCUUGGUCCAACGGUCGCCCUUCGUCCAAAGCUCGUCUUUGGUCCAAAGAUCGGCUUUGGUCCAUGUGUCUUUGGUCCAAGGUCUUUGCCCUUUCGGUGGGCGGUCUUUCGUUGGCUGUCUCUCUUUGGACUUUUCUCCCCAGCUUGCGCCCCCACCCCCGUCGGCCAUUUUUCUGCCUUCUUUUCUGGUGGUCUGCCACGGGGCCGCAACGUAAAUCCCAACAAGGAAACGGCCGGAGGCUAUCGGGCUUGAGACUGAGGGGAAAGGGCAGGAGACUAUGGGCAAUAGCUUCGCGAAAGAAGCUGACUAAUCUCCGGUGGGUUAGGCGGGGAGUUUUAUGGCGGCGAUCAAUGGCGAGAUUAAUAAUAUAGAUUAAUAAUAUAGAUUAAUAAUAUAGAUUAAUAAUAUAGAUUAAUAAUAUAGAUUUUUUUUUUGUUAUGUUUUUUAUCUAUCAACUUAUAAGAAUUGUUUGCUCUUUUUUCUAAUCUUCAUCAACCGUCAAUAGCGGAUUCCAUUGCGAGAUUGGUGCGACAGUGCGAUUGAAGAGUAAUCGGGGUUUGUUUUUCGAAAUGAAUGAUGCGGAGACAGACUGGGGAAAAGGACAUCGCAUGAACAACAUGGAAACGCAGCAAGGUGAGUUUUAUAUCGUCAAUUGCGGCGGUGGCGCUGUAUGCUUGAGACAGAAAAUUAUGAAAAUUAGAUUUUUCUUUCUGUAAACAUCCGAGAUGAUCUCAAAGGAAUUACAUUUAGAGCAAAGAUUGAUAUACACCGACCUGAAGAAAGGUAGAAACGUAUUAAGGAAUGAAGGAAAUACUUCAUCGACGAGAGGGUCAUCAACAUGCAGCAACAUGUUCCCAUGAUACAUACUUGUAGUAGAUACUAGUGUGGUUAUGUUGGUACCAUGCUGCCUACUCUCUCGCGCCGUGUACUCAACGGCUGCGUUCUGUAGGGAAAGGUAAUAAGCUGAGUGUUAGAUGGAAUUCACUAGGCUCUAAGUCACAGAGUAUGCGCUGGACGAAGACGCGGUUGUCUAGUGGGACGCGAUACUGGGCUUCCACGACUCCGGCUUCGAUUUGGCAUGAACGAGGUUUGGGCAUCGGGCCGGAGGAAGAACGCUUGUUAUGACAGUGAAAUGAAUGUAAGUAUAGAAUGUAGGCCUUAUAUUUAGAUUAAGUGCGGGAAAACUAAGAGUACUUGAUGAUUAUCUAUCCUUUGUCAAAAGUAGUUUUGUAUCUAGCUUCUAGCGCUCAGUAGGAGGACAGAGCUUCUCGGCUCGCUUCACUAUUGUUCAUCAUUUAUCUUUGUGUCUGUGAAAUGCUUGCUUUCUCUGCGCGCAACCAAGCUGGUGCGUCGAACCAAACUCGAAACACUUGCAAUGAAUGUGAUUUGUGAUCUUACACUGUUUCGUCUUGGCGGUAGCAUAUGGUGGCUACUUGAGACGCCAUGAUGAAGAUGAUGCUACUACUUAGUCGUUAUUUCGAUGUUGAAGACUCCGCGUAGUAGUACAUGCAGAUACAUUACCCUCUUUCAAUCCGAGUGAACAACAUGUCCCUUCUAAGCUUGAACAUAACGUCACAUCCGUCUGUCGGUGGAAACUUCGCGUGCGUGAAAAGCCUGUACCAUGGUGAUCCGAAUGAUUAAGGGGCAUCACAUUACAUUUUCCAAUGAUAUGAUCCUUUGUCUCUUUUCAAAUAGAAAAGUUAGAAGCUGAAGAAAGUGGAUGCAAUGUCGCAUUGGAUCUCUAAGAUAACUAUUACCUGAGUGACGACCCAAAGCAGGGAGACUGGGACUACGCUGACACAGGAGUCAGCUCCUGCGGUACCAACGAAGCCUUCGAGAUCCUAGACGCGUAUGACUCCACACAACACAGGUGCCGCUGGUUCACCCCGCCGACAAUUAUGGCUUGUUGUAACAAGGACUCGUAGCUCUAAAUCAACAUGUAGUGGUAAGUACUCAGAAGCAAGAGAUAACCAUAACUUUCACCCAAUCGCUUGGUGAGACAAAAUUAUUCAUAAGGCAGAUUCAGUACAUGACGUGAGUCGGAUAAGGAAGGUUUCUGCUUCCUAUAAACCUGAAAGACAGGUCUUCGUCUCGAAAGUAAUGAACCAAGUCAAGUACUUGAUUUUUUUAUAUCGCAUCCCGUUCCAAUUUCCGUCGCGCAUCCACAUACUGAAAAAAAUUAUGAUAUUUUACACGAAAUUGAUUCCGAUGCGCCUUCCUCUGUCUAACUUACCAACCACGGAAGCUCCUUCUACCAUGCCGCCGAGGACCACAUCAACAUCGUCAACCACGACAGGGUCUACGACCACGACAUCGAUGCCUUACCAUAAGAUGCCGGGAGCGUCCGCAGUGUGCAGUUACGGGAGACCGCUUCUAACUGACAGCUGGUGCGAAGACGCUAUUAAGUACCUUGGCGGAGUUAUGCUCUCGAUGUCUUUAACAAUACUAGAGACUCAGAUGAAACAAACAGUUUGCGUUUCGUCCUAGAUAAAGGUAGACUUCCAGCAUUACGUGACGUGUCUUUCGCUAUCUAUCAGUUGUCUUCAUGUGUUUCGAGUCUAUUGAGUAUCAGUAUUUUUUAGUAGGCGUGCUAGCUAGUACUGUAGUAGACUCCGUAGAUUGUAAGCUCAGUUGAUUUCUUGUGAUGUAGUUGAUUUCAUCAUCCCUAAUCCACGCGGAGUGAACGUUCUUGGCACAUCCAAACUCAAAGUCGGAUAUGAUGGGUCGCUCGACCCUUUGCAUUACACGUGUCCGCAACCCGCCAACUGGGGUGGCGUCCCCAACGGCUGCGUUCUCUACCAACAGGUAGUUUAAACUUAGGACAUCUAUGGAGAACUUUCAACCUAUACACUUAGUGUACUUUUCAUGUUUUGUCUAUGUUUAUGAAUAACUUAACAAGUGACAACAUUUUUGUUGCGUUCUCAUCAUACAAGUGAAGGGUCGUGGCAAAGGCGAUCAUUGUGAAUGAAACAACAUUAACAGACUGCUUCCACCUGGAUUCCUCAGUAUAGGACUGGUUCUGAUAACGAGCGCAUGAACAACCCGGCAGACGCGACGUGGCGGGGACAGAGAACCUUCACCACGCGAUUGCCGAAGGGCAAUGGCUGCAUGCGCACAGACAUCUAUGAAAGAAAUAUAUUGGAACCCCUCAUUAGUCGGACUAGCAAUAUCCUCAACCAUACUGUCACUACUACUUCGUUGUAUUUUUUCCUUGUAUUGUUCUACAACGAACGAGGAGACGAUCUUCGUCCGACGUCCUAUUUAGUUAGCAGAGGUUUAUGCUACGGUCUUGUUGCUAAUUUUUGGAGCUGAUGUGUUCCGCCCACGAUACGAUUGGCGACAUCGCUAUUGGUCGUCAGGGCGCACCUCUUUGUGCGCCAGGCUUUGAGGGUGUCGACCUAGACCAAUGUAAAAUUACGAAUGAGCGGCUGGCACUUCAGAGAGGCGCCAAUGUCCAGGGUAUUUACGAUGCGAAAUCUUUUUCCUAUGAAAUUACCAGCGAGUACUGGCUCGCUGUGAUUGAAAACGGUAAUAGUUUCGACUUCUACAUCAUGGAAUCUCCAAUAAGUAUGAAUCUGAAUGUUAGAAAUCUGAAAAAAUACUCCAGAUCGUUCGGUUGCCCUAACCGGCAAUGAUGCAUCGACACAAACCGGUACCUGUAAGGAUGCAGGAUGGGGUAGGGUUCCCGGUGGUUGUAAUAUAGGCGUUUUCACACAAACCGACCCCUCAGGAACGUGGAUACCACAGUAUCGACAUCUAGGUACUCAGUACAAUAUGAAUAUAAUUGCUGCAGAUGUUGAUGAUUAUAAUAUAGUACAGAGCUAUUUGAGACGACAUGAUGAUGAUUUCGCACCUUCAAAGUACUUCGAGGAAGCACUUUCUGCAGGUGAAAAUCUUUUUAGGCUCAGAAUGUUGAUGCCUUUAGUGAUCAAACCUGUACCAGGUGAUGUACAAGUGGUAUUGAGUCAAUGAUCUCCGAUGACGUUGUUUAGUCCUGUAAUGAUCAUGGGCAAUAAGGUGUAAUGGAGUAACUUGUUUCACGUGAUAUUUUCCAGGUUAUGACUCGUACAUGUUUGACGGCGGCGGAGAACCCUUGCCCGAUAGGCAGUGCACCGGCGAUGAUAUUAUGGGCUAUAAAGACAUUAACACUGUCUGUCUGAUAGACAGUACAGCUAAUUAAGUAGCCCAGUUGUUCAUCCAUAUAAAAAGAGAGCAGUACAACUAGCUACAGCCUUGGUAUAGUUGUACAGAAAUAUUUUCAGUAAGUAGACCAAUGUAAUAUCGGAUUGGUACUCAGAAUCUGUCUAUCUGAAAAUCUUCGUACUCUAAAUCCUUAUAUCCGAUGUGCAAAGCCCUCCCGUGGAGUAAGAGACUGACUAUCAAAAUCUGCAGUGACCUCGGAAGCGCUCCCAGUUCGGCCCCUUUCGUUCUGCGAGAUCCGCUUACGCGGCAACGGCUGUGGAUGUUAUGGCUUUUAUCCAAAGUAGAAUGCAUCGGGCUCGCCGUCCGUCAUCAAACUCAUGUGAUUUCAUUACUCUUCUAUCUGUUUCGAUACGAAACGCCGUUCCAGCAUUGAAAAUGCAUCCUUAUCUUCCAUGUCGUGUUGAUUCCAAAACUUAUCUAUGCUUUCUUGAUGUUUCUGCAUCCUGCUGACUGUCUCUGGGAUGCACCACAGUCUAAUACUCGACGGCGCCAAUGCGAUGAACAGUCCCGGAAAGUUCUUGGUCCACGAGUAUCCAGCUGAUGGAAGUACAAACUUAAUGUUGACGACAAUAAACACCGCCGACGGCCUUUGUAUUGAUUAUGAGUCUUCUAGUUAAAAAAGUAGUAGUCCUUAUUCUUGUUCUCUUCACUUCUUGUUUGUGAUGUCGAUGUUGCAAUAUUACUUUCCAAGGUGAAUUCUUAAUAUUGCUAAGUAAAGCUAAAGGCGUGACUGAGGUAGUCCGGAUUUUUGUCGUUCUGGAUCUGGAAGCUCUAAAGUGAGUACGUCAAACUUGGUACGGAGUACCUGACCAAAGUUCCUUUCUGGCUUGACGAUUAUUGUCCGAGUGCAAGCGACGCCGCGCAACGCAAAGGCUACGCCUAUCUUCCUUGCUAUGUUAAUUCCGCAAGUGUCAGCAGCGGUGGGCGGGUCUUCAAAAUCCCACACAAAGGCGCUACUACGACGACGACAUCGACCACCUACUAUGUCCCUCGACGGAUGCUGUUCGGAGAAGGGGAAGGAACUUCUGCUGUUCUAGACCUCACUAUUAAGGCUUUUGCCAGUUCAUUUCCACGAUUUGGAAGGAGGUGAGUCUUAAGAUUCCCGAAGAAAGAGGGAACAAUCUCUUUGAAAACACGACGCACACCUAAGUAGAUUAGGAUAUGAACUUCGGAAAGCUCGAAGGUACCGAAGGGGAGCGGUAAGAGCAGUGACGACCAUGCCCUUGAAGGAGUGAGCAGUAUGGUCGAAGGACACAGGCCUGAUGAUGGCUCCUUGGGACCUCCCAGUUGGCCUCCCGGUCUCGAAGAGGACGCGUCCUUGCGGCUGCUUGCUCAUGGUGCUCAUAGCGAGCCGUACAGAUCCCCGCCCUCGAUGGGAUUCUCCGUGUCAGCGCAGCCAGGCACGGCUGGCACCGCUGUCCUAUAUCUGGAGGUAUGCACAGCUGCGAAUUCGGCAAGCACCGGCAUACUCACGAUUUCACGAGACAACAAUUUAUGGCUAUCGACGUUAGUACCUACUAGAGCAAUUAUAUUUAUACCUAGGAGGUACAACUUCUUGUUCUUACUUAGCAUUAAUUUUCUGCUCCUGGCGUCCAAACGAAAAAAGCGUGGUGAUUAAUAUCAAUACGAUCUAUCGUGGGGUUACUCACCUUGCUAAGAAAUUCUAAUUCUCGAGUAGUUCAUCUUUCAUGAAUACUAUUUAUUAAUUAUUUUCACAGUUUUUUUCUGAAGUUUUUCCUCCUGGUCUGGCCACAUCAUAGAAGAAGCUCUGGGGACAAUUUUUGCUUCACAUCCAUGCACUGUAUCAUUUUUUAGAAGUAGUAGGCCUUGCCCUUGCGUCUGUCUUGCCACAAGCUUUUCGUUUGAGACACCACGGUCCUCUCUGUAGAUGUGUGAAAACUAGGAUAUAUAUGAAAUAGAUGAUUCCAUUUUCAUUUAUGUAUCCUAGUUUUCACACCUCUACAUUACAUAUGGAAUAAUCUUCAUCUAUUAAUUUGGUUUUGGUUCUUGCUCCAAAAUUAGCGGAAAGUACGACCUUCAAAGGAAAUACGGGAAAUACCGACGAGUGGGAUGAUGCGUACCCGUUCUAUUGGUCGUGGCAGAUGAUUAAGGCUCUUUGUUGACCUAUUAAUGGCAGAUGAUUAAGGCUAUUCUACCUUUAUAUAAGGUAUGGCGACGCUCAAAGCACAUAAAGAAAGUAGCCGGCUAGUUUUUCCCCCAUUCUUAGGUUUAUCCCACCAAGCCGAUUAAGGCUAUAUGUUGACCUAAUGCUAAUGUUAUGGUCAGCUUUUAUGAAUCUUUCGGGGCAUCUUGGUACGCUCUUACCCUGUAUUCUCGAUCUCGUGAAAUAUACGGCCAAGGGGGUCAACGUCAAGAUGAGGGGACCGAGAUGAGUACAAGCUGACUUUAAUAGUGAUCAAAGUAACAGGCUAGCCGAGUGAUAGAAGAGCUGCCAUUUAAUGAUGAUGCCAUGAUGAUGAUGUUAACAUCGGGAGAGGUCUUGCGCAUCAGUUAACGUUGGAAAAGAUGAGAUGGUAGAAGAUCAAUGAACAUUUAUAUUGCUGAACAAUUUUUCUAAGACGACGGCCUAUCCGCAGUCGAUUACGUUUUCCCAUUCUUCCAGUGACGGACUGUGUAUUAAGGAAGUCCGCCUCGACAACCAGAUACUGGCCGCGGCGCCAUUUUGGAUGGAUAACAUUAUGACUUUGAUACUUGUAGUUUUUCUUUUUCAUUGACUUCUAAGGUCUGGCUCUUUAAAUUCCUAAAUUGUUUUACUAACUUUUCCAAGCUGAAUGUCUUUCUCUAUCAUCAUUCAUAAUUAUUUCCAGUGCGAGAAUGCAUACGUGGACGAUUUUUUUCAUUCACUGUCACUACAUACUCAGUAUUGCGACGUUGACUUUGGUGGAGUCGUGUGCAGAUAGGCUUGAACUCCAUUUUCGUGGCAAACUUGUCCACAUCUCUAACGAAGACAGUGGUACCGCUAUCGGCUGCGGCGGAUCUUAUAUGCAGUUUCCCUGCUACGGGAACACUCGAAGUUGGCCAAGAGAGGGCACGUCCGCACAGUUGACGGUGCGCACUUGCACUGACGCAUUCGCCAGCAACGGACAUACCUUCGACAAGUUCACUGUCCGAGUGACCCUUGAGGAUGGCAGUGUGUACACGGACGAUACGGAAAGCGGUUUGGAUGAUAGCGGACAACAGUGGUCAGCCUAUUGGACCUUCGCAACCUCACCGGGGGCACCAAAGUUAAGAUGAUUUUUCCGAAAAUGCAAAGCCGACUAAUAACAGGAACAAUGCCGAAGCAAGGCUUUAGUCUUUUUCAAGAUGUAUGAUUCCUGAAGGAAGAAGAUAGCGUCUCGUUUAUACAGUUGUUCGAUGUCAUGAUUAUUAGAGCGGACGUGAUAUCUAAUGAUUCAGGUUUUUGAAAGGUUCAUGUUUUUUAAAUGUCUAAGAAGAACCAUAGAGCUGGACCUUGCCGGCACCGAUGGGUUGUGCAUAGACGAUAUAAGGUUUGACCACUUUCAGGUCCUCAAUGUGCCUUUUUGGAUGGAUAAUCCGUGCAGCGGAGGUGGCCCAACCAUUAAUGGCCAUACCUGCUACGGAGGGUCGCGUACCAUCAAUGUAAACUUAUGGCUGCAGGAGCUUUUCAAUUUCAUAAAAAUCUUGCAUUUAUAGAUACAUGUUUUGAGAAUCAUUUGCUUGCGGACGAGCUACCCUAUGCUUGUGGGGGCAGUAUGGCGGUCCACGAUGGACUAUCUCUCUCAAGCAGUAGAGAGAAAGAUGGAGCAGCGUCUUUAUGUUGAGAAGCCCUAAGACCUUCGGGCGGCCUCGUUGUCAUGACGCCAUGCGCAGAGUACACUUGGUCGGGGACUGGAGAAAUGGAACUCAUUGCCCAGGUGCUAAGCGUGCCGGGCGAUCUCUACAGCUCGUUGCAGGAGGAAAAAAUGCACUUUGCUUGGAAUGAGGGGGACAAUGGACGAGACCUGUAUGCGGCCUUUUCGGGACAGCCGCACACCUUGGAAAUUGUUAACCCAACAAGCAAUGGCAUCUGUAUCUCGGAUGUCGUUCUGCAAAAUGUCGUGGAUAAUAUUAUGUGAUCCUGUGACUGUAGUCAACGUUUGUGGAUAAUGCAUGUCCAGAGUGAGUCAUCACCUAGAAGCACUUACUAGACGGAGAAAGCAAUAAAGGAAAGAGAUGCCGUCUUGUCCUUCUCCUGUCCACAUCUUGAUUGAUUCGUAAGGAGUAGAUGCAUCAUAAUCAUUUUGCGCAUGCGCAUCAUCCUCUAAUGCAUAUCCAUAUGAUAGAUUGACAUUGCGUAGAUGCAUAAUUAUAAUCGUAUCUCUAAUAAGAGUGGACCUCGCGUUAUAGUGGACGGAGAGCCCUUUACGGUGGAAAACCCCUGCGAAGAGGGAAAGGUUCCAUGCUACUUGAACUCCCGUGUGUUGCUGGUGAGCCACAUUCUGCAGGAGGAGAGAGGAAAAGAGUAUGUAGCGGACGAGGAGGUGCAGAACUGGGAAGGAACCGGAAUCACGAUUGAGGCGAUGGGCGACGUUUCUGGGGAUAGGAAGUACUUGAGCACAAACAACGAUGGGACCGCUAUGGAUCUCUGGUCGGCCGUAGGUCCCGAGGGAAGGCAACAGUGGAGCAUUGUCAAAGGCGGGAGCGUUGAGUCGAAUCCCGGAUCCCGCAGGUACGAGACGUGGUAUCAUAUCAUGGUAUACGGGGGCGUGACUGGCGACAACAAGUACCUGAGCUCAAACAACGACGGGAGCUUGGUGGACCUGUGGACGCAGGAUGAUGGGAGCGGACGGCAGAGAUGGCGCAUCUGGCAACCCGAGAGUUGUAAUGAACCACGCUGCGUGCGCAUUCGCGUUUUCGGUGGUGUGGAGAAACGCAAGAAUCUUCUGAGCGCUAGUCCAGAUGGCACUAAUGUUGAUCUGUGGUACGGGGACGAAACUAUGCGGCAGAGGUGGCGGCUACAUGCGGAUUCGAACGCGGCAAGUCCGACGAUGGAGCUCGCCACAUUGAACGACUACUGCCCGGGGGGACAGGCGCCGGUGGCGACCGGGUGGCCGAUGGACGUCUGGGCGCCCGUGCGCGGAUUGAACGGGGCAGCCGGAACGCAGGAACACAACAGCUGGCUGUGGUUGAGCGGCGACUCGCGUGCUUGCCAGCUGUUCUACCCCAAUUUCGUGGACUACAAACCGCCCUGGGGCUUGCAGAGCCGCAACGCUUACGGCAAAAACGCGGUCUGCUGCGUGCCUGGCGGCACUGGGGGCUGUCAAUUGGAAACCAGCGUUGCAGGAAAGAGUUACGACGAAUGGCUCGCUCAUUGCAGUACCGCGACGACGACAACCACGUUCAUGCCAACAACAACGACGGGGAUGCCGACUACGCCGGGCGGGCCAAGCACUGGCACUGCCCCACCGACGACGACGCCCAUCCCGUGUCGAGCAGGGGACAAACUAUUCCCCGUCUACGACCAUCACCUGACAGAUAACGGCUGGACCCUGUUAGGCGGUAUCGGCAGGGACCAGCACACUGGUAAUGCUGAAUUCGGAGAUCACGCGAAUGCUUGCAAAGACCGCAAACAGUGGUGGGGCUACGGCGACCCUGGAAGCGGGGCCGAGUUCGUUGCGCCUUUCGCGCUCACUUUGCGGGUGACUUUCGGGCAGUGUAACCAACAGGACGCUGCUACCAAGGCGAACGUAAUUAAAGCCUACGUCCGGAGAUCCGGCGAAGCGACGCCGGGUACUCUGGUGAGUCGAGUUUUCGGAGUUGGUGACAGUUCCGCCAACAUUAGCCCGCAAGAAAGAGAAAUCACAGUGUUUCUCCACCAGGGGGACGUACUCUUUCUUAAGGCUUCCCCUAGUCCAUCUUCGGGAGCAUCCUAGGGACGUUUUUGAGGGGAGAACGGUAUCAGGAUGGGCUUCGAGAUGGAUUAGGGUGGGCUCUAACUUUCUCGAGGAGAAUCACUGGAGCAUCAUGUUUAUCCGUAGAAUUGAGACUGUCAGUUGUGGCACCAACAUGACGACGGUGGACACGCUGAUGCGGAACUGGACUGAUCCCUUGUACGGCCCGACUAUUUAAAUUGUUGAGUGGUGUGUGCUUCCUUGCUAGACCAGUUUUACUCUGAAUCUAUCCGUGAUUCUGAUGAAGUAGAUCUUCUAUCUAUCCACGAUCCUCAAGAAGUGAAGGUAGAAGAUCAUAACCAUGGAUUCGAUGUGGGUUUUGGGAAUCCACAAUGACUGGUUUUUUGCAUUUUGAUUUUGUAUCUAUGUAGAUGUAUGGCAGCAUGAUAGCUCCUCUAACCAGAGACACAGCAGCCAAUCGAGAGCUGUGACAGCUUCUUGUUUUAUCCAAGCUCCGCGUCGAGUUUGACCAGUCGUGGGUUUCAAAUAUUGAACGCGCCGUCCUACCAGGAUGAAGUGGGUAUGCCGCAGGAUAGCUACGAGGAUGGCUACAAUUUAAGGCUGACGUUCAUGAUAUUGACUAGUUUGACGCGUCUACUAAUUUAUUCUGGCAUGAUGACUUUUUAAUCGUUUAUGCUCAUGACACGAGGUCGAGGAGGAUACUAUGACGACCCUUUGUAGUAGGUUAUUUUUGAAUGUUACAGAUUUUCUAGCUUUCCGAAUUAGUCUUCAAUGAAAAAUAGUCCUCAGUGAAAGAAACAGAUUCUUUCACCAGUACGUUGACACAAGUUUUUCUUCGAUGAUGAAUUUUUGAGAUAACACAAUGACUUUUCUGUUCUAAGGAAUUCUUGUGGGUCUCCGAGUUGGUGGCUGAGGGAGCAAACCGGAACCGCACCGGUGACUCUCCGCUUCGGAAGUCGAUUUGACGGUUCGCUGUACACUGGAAUCGGACAGUGCACGAAUUUUGGUUCUUUAAGAGGGUAACCUAAUUUUGAUGAGAGAUUGCAAGUCAUCUAUGGUCUCUCCUAUUUCUUCUUGUUUCGUUCGUAACUAGGUACAAACGAUAACGACAUAGAUGUACAUUUAUUUUCUUAGAUGAGCAAGAUCAACAGCACAUGGUUGGUCCGUGAGUCCGUGUGGGUAGCGCUAAUCAUCAUUCGAGGCUGGGGGCUUUUCACGGUAGAUACGAAAGCCGGCACCGAAAGCACUAUAGCAACUUCAAGCGGAGUGACCGCCUCCAACUAUCAUUUCAGUGUUGGCAUUGGUUACAACUUUUCCACUGUAAUGGAAUAUAGGGCUACUAAUUGGGACCUCUCGGACGGCACUCUUUUGCGUGCGUAUCUCCAGAAUUUCAACUGCUAUCAAGCGAAAUGCAAGCCGUUUCCGUUGCAUGUCCCCGAAUUUUCCCACAACUUUAAGAUUUCUGGACUGCUUGUCUUCGACAGGAUCAUAGUUCCACGAUCAUGAUUCCACUACCUGUGUUUUAUUCUAUAAUAAGACAUGUAUCUUCUUCAUAAGCAUCAUGUUCUUGGUCGGACUCGACUUAGAAGAAUAAGAAGAUAGAUUAUUAGAGGGACCAUUUCUAGUUCGACACUCACUGAAGCUCAAUUUUUAGCUCACUUCGCUAAGAAGUAUCAUGGUCAGAAUAGCAGCUUCUACGAUCGUCGUUUUUGGGCUGACCGGAUCGACUGGUCACAAAACGGCAAUCUCCUGAACUCGUUGAAGGCCCUAGGUCAUGCGGGAUGGGAGUCCGUGCAGGGCAUGCAGGACAUGAAGGAUGAUCCUGCUAUGAAUGAUGUUUAUUCCAUCUGUAGGACCAUCGAGGCUGACCCUUUUCCCCUUAAAACUGUAUAGGUAAGGGGGGGCCUCGAUGAUCUCGCUAGAUGGGAAAAACAUCAUUCAUACCUGCCACAGCUGGCGCCGAGUGCACCGCUGGCCGCGAGAAUCAGUUCGUUGGUGGCCUGCUAGGCGGUGCGAACUCGGGAGCGGGUUUAUGGCUAACUCUACUUACUUCUUACCAAUAGAUUUCAGUUGAAUUGAAGACGAGUUAGAAUGUCCAUAUCACUGAUCUCGCGAGAACAAGACGCAGAGACCAAAUCUUUUGUGAAUGAGGUGCCAUAUUUAUAUAUUAGUCAUGGUAGAUUAGGAGUGGACUUCACAAGUCACGUUUUCACCUUCUAGAAGUCUGAUAAUAGCUUUGAUGGUCUUGCGGUUGGUAUUAAGUACUCUAAGUUAUGGCAACGCCCUCCUCCGGUUCCGCAUGAACGGUCGGGGUAUCGUUCGCAUCGUUUUCGGUACCUGCAAAUCCUACGGGCACAUCAUAGCGCUGCACAUGAACUGGAUCUGGGGCCAGAUUACCAAACACGCGUUUGAGGGUUCUGUCACGCAGAAUGUUGACCAAGAGCUCUUUUUUCAGAUGGACAACGGGCAGAUUUUGGAGCUCCAAGUAGCACAUGGAGCCGUGUUGUAUCUGAAGAGCUUCGAGGUAGACUGCUCGCGCACCGCGAUUGAGCCGCAGUACGAUACAACGGGCGACUACCUCAGACAGCACGAGCAGAACUGUAAGAACCAGACCUACGCGCCGAGCACCUUGACGAGUAUGCAAGCGCGAGGAUGGCGCAAUGUCAAUUUGGAUACGUAUGACUUGUUCCGGAUGGGCAACUACGGUAGGGUCUACGAUAGCUAUGCCGACUGCCGCCACAGUCCUAGUUUUAUUGGUGCGGCGAGCGGAACACCUUGGGGUCAGAUCGAGUUCAAGGCGCCCUACUUUGGCACUUAUGGUACAGUUGCCUCUAUGUAUAGUUGUGCCGCGAGAUGAUCUUCUCGUAGAAUGAGUACACAGAGCAAGCAAGAGAAAAUGUUUAAGUAUGUUUUGGAAGCACAGAAGGUUUACUAGUGGCUUCCUUUUCUUCUCCUGUUGUUGUUCUAACUUUCGAUGCGUCUACGGGUGGGACAGUGCAACGGUAUGUACGGAUCGACUGCAGUGACGCGUUCGGGGCCUUUUGUAACUGGUCAGGACCCUGGCUACAGCGGUUUCUAUAACAGUGGAAGUAAUACGCUUGUACCUCAUCCAGGGGUAGAGGUGGUAGUCGAGUUCGACGCGAACCAGGUGAUCGUGGUCGAGGAGCGACUUGACUACGGGAUUUUUACCAUCAGUUCCGUCAAUAUGACUUGCCGGGACCCACCACGACCGCCUGUGUGCCACAACCAGACACUACAUCGCCCUGAUUUUAAGGCUCAUUCAGCGAACUUAUUUAUUAUAUUUUCGGAUGUAAAACCGCUAGAAAUAGACUGUCAACUUAAAUUUCGGUCGCCUCAGCGUCAUUCAGCUACAACUUGGUCCUUCUUUUAUUCAAUUGAACUACUGCGUCGAGUAACGCCAAAAAUUCAAAUCAGGAAGCAUGGUGGCGUGGAAGCAAAAACCGUUCAGGGGAGUUGCUAUGUCGUUUAGUUUGGUUGUUUCAGUUGUCGGAAUUGAAUACAAACCAAUCUUGGUUCUCCUAUUCAUUGAAUAGCAGCAGAUGAUCCUAUCGAAUGGUCUCGAUAAAGAAGUAGAAGGCUUACUUGAGUUUUAUUUGGGUGCACCACCACUUCCACCACCACCACCGCCACCAUGAUAGUCAUCAUUAUCGAGGAUGUUGCACUUGUAUUUAGAAAUAUUAUGUAGGGUAGCAGCUCUAAUGCAUGGCCGCAGUUGCAUAACCUGGGUGCCGCAAUGAAGGAAUCCUUCAGCCACGGCUUCAACUCUACGGAUCCGGCGGUUUCGAAUUUCCGUCAACAAUGUCAGGCUGUCGCCAAUUGGUACGCUUUCUCCAGUACCUACGCAAACGCACCACGGCGACUACAAGGAAAAGCCGGGGCCUUAUCGACAUCUACGGGUCAGGGUGUUGCAAGGCGAACAGGAGCGAGAAAAACGUCGGAUGAAGAAGAUGAGGUUGACGAGGAAGAAGGGGCGGUUGUGGAAAAUCAUGCGGGUGUGAAGGUGACGAAAAAACAGAGUCCUGUAGUACCACAGUUGUCGGCUUCUCUGCCUGUGGCGCGCCGUGGAUUAAGUGCGAUGGGUCGUCUCGAGAUGGUCAUGCCAGCGCCGGCUGGCGUCGCGCGCAUCGUUUUCGGUAAUUGCGGUGAUUAUAGUAGUGGAACCGUCCGAGCACGGCUAGAGAACCCUCACCAGAUUCUCGGCGCCACCUUUGGCCGCGGAUGGGGUCAGGAACUUUUUUUCGCGUUUCAACCUUGGCAGAUAUUCAUCCUGGAGGACAACGACUUCGGUUCUGAAGGGGUCCUGUUUAUCCAGGAGCUGACUUUCGUUUGCGAGGGGCCCGACAACAAACACCCUCUGGCAGUGGAGAACUUCGCGUUUAACUACCAGAGCGGCAAGCACAACCGAAGUGCGCACGACGUGUGCGAUCCGGUUGACUUUGAGCCGACCACGGCGAGUAUGAUGCGCGCAUACGGCUGGAACUUGAAUGGAGCAAGUACGUCGGAUCCGAUGCUCUCGCUAGACAACAACUACGCUUACACAAAAAGUGCGUGGGAGGAAUGUGGCAACGUGUACUGGUUUUCCUCGGGAGACAUCACGUUCAUGUUCACCGGUGUGGGUGAGAUGGAGCUCACGGUUGGUGGGUGCUCGCAAACCGGAUCGCACGCGCAAAUCCAGAUCCUCCUGAGCGGAGCGCCCCUGUACGACAACCUGCCGCAUCGCCACCAGCAUCGCAUGCACCUUCAGGAGUUCAUUGGAUCGCAGUACCAGGUCGACACCGUGCAGCGCAUCCGCUUCAAUGCAAACCAGACCGUGAUCAUUCGCGAGUCUGGCGGUGGCCGCGCGUACGUGAAGCGCGUGCGCAUUCGCUGCAAGGCGCAGCGAGAUCUUGGGGGCUGCGAAAGUCAUGCGAACAGGUCGCCGCCCGCCGCGAUUGGUUCGCCGGAUGCAAAUGGAGUUCGAUUGUACGAUCAGACUGCGGCAUCCAAAUGGGAGUCAAUGUCAGCCUGGCACUUCGGAGACGGCGUGGAAGUCAUUGAGGUAAAUCUGACAACAGGGGAGGCUCCGCUGCCGCCAGAACAAAAUAGAACGAACGGAUCGACGCACAGCAACGGUACAAACCACACGCAUCAAGACGGAAACCACACGAAUACGGACCAUAACUGUUGGAACGGAACUCUCGGGAAUCACACGAAUCAUAGCAAUCAUACGAAUGGGGCGUGCGGCUCGUCGGGUCAGCCGCGUAUUUACCACGCCGCGCAGCUGCAGGAACGUCUGUACAUGAACAAGGAGUUCUCCAGGUCACAGUGGACCUACGAAUUCUGGCUGAAUUUCACCCAGAGCGGGGGCAGUCGCUACGAGAUCUUUGGGUGCGGUUCAACGGACUGCAAUCAGGAGGACGGGGUUUACUUGGUCUCAGGAUUGCAACCGCAAGCCAGUUGCAAGAACUCCUACAACGGUCCUUCUGACCCGAACAAGAUUUUCACGGACUUCACGCUGCACGUCGGCUCUUCCGGGACGUUCAGUCAGACGUGUCUCCACACUAAUGUCUGGUACCAUUUUGCUAUCACCAUGGACAGCAUGAGCGACGUGCGAUACUAUGUCAACGGACAGCUGGAUCGGACGGGGCACUGGAGCGGGGGAAGUACGGUCGCAAACAACAAACUGCAUCCUGGAUUCGGUGCCGGACUUGUGGGGGGAAACGGUGAGAUUUUCAAUGUGCGAAUUUGGGAAGUCGUGCGAACUGAGCAACAGAUCCGCGACCAUCGCUAUGCAAUGGCGCCGGGGGAGAUGGACUAUACAUCGGGUAUCGUAGCGUGGUUUCCGUUUCAUAACAAUCUCGACGCUCCAUCCGGUUUUACGUCGAUGAUCUACCUGAAUCACCCAAGCAUGCACCCGACGUACAGCAGCGUGAGCGAAACGGUGUUGAGAGAAAGUGACCCGCCAGAGCCCGAACCGCCAAUGAACUUUUUUCAGCCUGCAAAGACAUUUUAUGCCGCAGACUUGCGGACCACUUUGGAGCUGUCGAAGAAAUUCGAACCCAGAAACAGACCAAAUGGAAUAUCUGGCUGGACUAUGGAAGUCUGGAUCUACAUGAGGCAUUCUCCCGGAGGAGCCAUGCAGAAAGACAUCUACGGGGCGAACGGGGCUACGCAGGGCUUCUUCCUCGCUGACCGCAUCACUGCAGGCGCAGCGAGCCUACCCUGUACGGACAUUUUCGGGUCAGACGCUCAUGAGACUGAGAGGUAUUUGACCAAUGCCGCCGUCCAUAUCGGCUCCAGUGGGGUGUCGUCGGAGCACUGCUUGCGACGUAACACCUGGUAUCACCUGGCGGCGACGCUCACGAAUGAAUACAAGCUUAGCUACUACAUCAACGGGCGCCCGAGCGGGGUUAACCACACGUGGUCGGCAGGCAUGGAGAUGAACAACAUGUUCGAGACCCAACUUUUAAGGCAAUCAUACGUUUAGUGCUCUAGUUGUCCGUCGUAAAGUGCAUCCGGCGAGGACUUCAUUUUUCGGAACGCCAUCCUUCUUUUAGAGCCCGAGCUUCAUAUUGACUGCAUCAUGCGAUAGAGUACCUAUUUCCUACUUUUCAGCAUCUUCUAAGACCCGGCAACGGUUUCACUUCUAUGGACGAGUACAUGAUGAAUUUCAGGAUUUGGGACCACGCGAGGUCGCUAGAGGAGAUCAAGCGGGACGCCUUUGCUACUCAUGCCAGGAAUCUGCGCAGCAACGCGUCAGGACUAGUCGCCUGGUUCCCUCUGCAGGAGAACCUGGACACUGCCAUACCACGGGAGCUACUCCACGGCAACAAUACAACGCACCGCAUCGGAUCCAUGUAUCUGAAUCCCCAGCCGCACGUUGAAUAUCCGGUGAUCAACUCGACGGUCCUCGAAAACGAUACUCGGAUGUCGAUAGACGAGUAUGGUGGAGGCCACAGUGUCUAUCCCGAGAAAGGGACCCUCCGUUGCGGUGGAAAAUUGCGAAACUUUGUGCCCUUUCACAGCCAAGAAGACUUCGUUCACUUCUCACACACUGGAGGAGACGCCUACACUGUAGAUGGGGGCGAGCCAGGCAACGAAGAUGAUCACGAUCACAUCUACGGAGGCGACCGCAAAUACGGAAUCGCGACUUUUAUGACCAAAGAAAGGAAAAUAUGUAGGCAGGUUCUUUACGGAAUUCGCUCGCGAUACAAAUAAAAACAAAACUAUUUGAAUUGAGCCCGUCAGUUUGGCUUUCUUUUUGAGAGAACAUCAACGAAGAUCGAUGAAAUUUCUUAUUUUCUUUCGUUUUCAGUGUGGCUGAGCAGCCGUUUGUACUGCACGGGGAGGAAUCACGACGAGUCCGGGAUUACUUAAAGAAACAUUAUGAUAAGAUAUAAACGAAUUUGCUUCUAAGAUUUCCAGCACAUCCGCGCCGCCUGGCGACGAUCCGCCAGCCUGGACCGCCGCGCGAUUUGUGGCUCACAGUCCUGGCAAUAGCAGCGGACUCAUUGAAUUACCGCUGAAUGGGUCUCACGGGGGAUUUGUGCGGUUCAUUUACGGCAAUUGCUACCCCGAGAUGUUGCGGCCGCACGAUGAAGAGCAGCAGAAAGUCGAAGCUUACCUGAUUCAUGCCGAUGGCUCCGGGACGUUGCUGGACAGCGUGUGGCAGCAGAAUGAGGAUCGCGAGAUCACGACAAAGUUCGAUCCAGGUGACUCUCUUGCGUUGCGCGAUGCCCAAGGAUCUCCAUAUGCUAGGGCCUACCUGAAAGCGGUGCAACUGUCGUGUCCACCAGGUAACAUGACAACGAAAGACGUGGAAGAGAAGGCGGCCAGUGGCUACGUCCACGACGUGAUGGAGCCCAACGCGAUUCUGAAUUUUCCACCGAAUCCUGCUGGCUACAGCGUCUCAGAAGAGUUUUACUCCAAAUGCGAGGCCAUAGAGUACUAUCCGACGUCUGGUAGUGCCAUGCGCAGUCGCGGUUGGGAUUUCACGCAGCUGACUAAUCCCAUGCAGAUCUGGCAGCCCUAUUUGUCGAAAGAUAUGAAGGAUUUUAGCAGUUGCAACGACACCUGGUUCGGGAAAAGCGAUGGAAGCUGGAACAUGAAUAAUCAAGCGCGUUUGCGUAUGCGCGGACACGGCCAGUUGCACAUCACGUUCGGCGAAUGCUACCACGACUGGCAGAUGAACUACAACAACGGAGGUGGUAUUGCCCUCUAUCUGCAAGGGGAAGACAAGUGGGGCAAGUUCCGGGAAAAAGACGCAGAUCCGGUCACGCGCGCUCGCGACUUCGGACAGGACACUACUGUGACCCUGGACUUCCACCCGAACCAAACUCUGAAAAUCGAAGCGGGUGCCACCAGUGUGGCCUAUGUGAAGCGUUUGGCGAUUGAGUGUUUCACGGAGCCGACAAGUACGACAACGACGACUACCACAACGAUCACAACCACGACGAACAUGCGGCUGGCGGGCCUCCACUUUGGCAUGGAGAUUCCUCCAUGGAUUUAUCGAGACAUCAACGACCGGACCGACGGAAGAAUGGUCGAAGAGGUAACCGUUCCGUACGAACAGAAUCGGGACCCAGCCUCUCUGAGCGCAGACGAACUGCAGUUUGGCUCCGAAUAUGAGUCCAUUGACGUCACGUCUAUAUUCCGAGGCUUUUGUCGUCGUUGGCACAACGACGGGCAACACGCAGACGUGCACGAGGGGCUUGAAAACGCGUACACCACACACAAGUCUCACUUCCCCGAUGAGCAGUUUCCUUUUGUGAACUUCAACUUGGAGGUCCGGAUUGCAGAUGAUUCGCCAACCCAAGACGCGAUCGAGUUUGACGCAGGCUUGUUCAGGCAUGAGAGCAAGUACCACGACCGCACGUUUCGUGGGGACUACGGUCCACUCCUGCGAACUGCGGGCCCCGGGCCGUGCGAGGUCUACAAAGGCCUUGUGACGGAGCGUCGAGACCUAGCGAACAAUAUUGGUGCUUGCGGAGGCGGAGAAGCGGUGACGAAGUGCACACCUCAGCUGAGCAUCGGGCCCUCCAUUCCUGGACCCCCCCAAGCGGCCAUUGCGGCGGGCUUCAACACCUCAAGUAAGCCUCCGACGCUAGAAGAGUCGUUCGGUGUCGGAUACACUUGCGACUGCGGCGACUACAACCUGUACCCGGACGAGACCAGUAAGUCGCUGGCGAAGUCCUUUUUCAAGGGUUGGGAGAGGAUUAUCGAUGUGAAGCCGCGACCGUUUUGUGCGAUCAAAAACCCGUGUCUGCGCGGUAACGCCUGGAACACCUGGCCAGAAUUCGAGGGGUCUCUAAACCCUUGCGGCUCCGACGUGUACUCGAGCACGCAGCGGGGCUCGUUCUUUUGCUCAACCUACGACCCGGCGAAUGGGACCUACGAGUGCGACUGCAGUUCCGAUUGGAACUACGUUCCAGCGUUGUGGGACGCGAAUGAGACUUCGAUCUCGGCACGCGUGGGAAAGCCGACGUGCAAGUACGUGCGACCUUGCGAACAGGGAAAUCCAGGUGGCUUUUUCCCGUGGGACGCACCGCAUCCACCGUGCGGACCGCCGGACUUUUUCAAUCACUGCCACAACCAGCACGGUCAGCAGUACACGUGCGACUGUGCCUCUGGCUUCAUCUCGACGACCUAUUCGCAAGCUUACCAGGUAAACCCACUGCUCCGAGGACGGCCCGUCUGCGCUGACCCGGGGUCCAAAAAGGCGUGCAUGAAGGGACCUGCGGCGGACAGUUGUUUCGACUGGGAAGACGGACAUUGGUUCGAUUUCUGGCAACCUGGGAUGAAAGUAACUCUGGGACCUUACGUACGCAUGUUCCGCAUGGACGGAGCCACGCCUGACAUUCGACUGCCAGAGUGGCUGUUAGAAGUCGCGAGCUACGUUAAAUCGAAGCAAGACCACGAAAGCACCGCCGGCAGCUUCGGGAAAGAAGACAUGUUCUUACGAGAACUUUUUAACAUAUUCGAAGCUACAAGUGGAACUUCUAUUCUCUCUCCACUUGCAGUGCUUAUUUCGACAUAUUUUUAUCGCAAAGGCAAACGCACAGCGGCACUGCGUGGAAGCAAGUAGCGAGUGUCAUAGCUCUUCGUGCUUAGAAUGACAUAGGGGAAAUACUUUGAGGAAGUACUACACACUUUUAGCACCUAAAUUGAGAUCAGGGAGUGUUCUGCUUCUGUUUCUAAUGAAAUCUGGAGUAGUUGAGGCUGUUACGCCCUUGGCCGAAACACAGAAUCUUUCCCCGUUGGAGCAAGUGGUUAGAUCGAAUGUUGCGGUUCGCAUGGACCACUUCGGAAUCCUUGGAUGGAUCAGUGGACGCAUGCUUCGGCCCUACCCUUUUCCGGUGGAACGCGAGGGCGCCGAAGUCUGUCUCGCCGCGCCGGACGGUGCGUCGUACGACUGUGCCUGCAACGACCGUUACUACGACCUACUCUCGGCCACUCACGUGAAAGCUGACGGCACGCAGGGCUCCGUUUGUAGGCUGAAGGCGCAAUAUCGCCCGCCUAAGGCGCAGCAGUGCUCAGAAGUGGAACUGAACGAGUGCGAGGUAUUCACUGACGCGGCAAGUCGAAAACACACGGGAAACCGCUGUGUAAGGCAGGCAAGCAAAUUUGGACAUCACGAGACUUCUCACGGCACGAUUUACGAAAACUCGGCAUUUGAACACAGUUGCUUGUGUGAGGCCGCGGGCUUUGAGCUUAGUGGAGACGGCAAGAGAUGCGUUCCUAGAUCAGAUGUCGAGUCGGAGUGCAGCAUCGCCUGUCCGUCGCCUAAUACCUGUCGAGCGACGUACUUCUGCGUCGGAAACGAGUGCCGACGGCGCCGCGAGUGCGUUUGCAGAACGGACGGAUACAGUAUGGGCGUGUAUCACGAGCGCGCGCCGAGUGAAACGGUCUACAGCACAGAAACGGGCGCGGAGCUCGGCCGUUUCCGUCCUGGCGGCGUGUGCCGUACGGAUUGUGGGAACCGUUGCUUCGUCACGGCGCUCGUGCAAAACUCUUUAGCGCACUUUGUGAAGCAGUAUGGAGCCCAAAGCGAAAUGCUCUCCAUCGCCGGACGUGACUCGUCACAGAACACGUUCAUCCAGCAUGCUGACACUUUCCUGAGCGAUUGCAUUAGCAGAGCGCAAUUGAGCCAUCGAGAUGGCCUCUCUGUCAAGGACCAAGCCUUUGAGCGUGUUUUCGAGCCGCAUCCGCAUGCAUUCAACAAGGUCGCGGCGCACCGGGAUGAGGUGGAAAUCAAACGAUGCUGCCGCACCUUUGAGGGCAUCAUCGGGUGUGGAAUGAAUCGUUGCAGCGGCCGAGGUGAUACGCGGCCGAUGGAACAGAUUUGGCAACAGAGUUUUCCUAGCCUAUACCAAACUAGGUGCAUUGACGACAUGCUUCCCGCAUCGCUGCGGUCAACGAGUGGGAAUCCACACGCACCGGCUGUCUUGAUGGCACCCUGGAUGUUGGAGCGCAAAUUGGUUUUGUCGGGCAGCCUCUUCCUCGAAUUCGAUUCGCUUGCAGAGAAGCAGCGUUUCGUGAGCACGUAUUUGGAUUCAAAUCGCGUGGCAACUGCGAGCUCGCAGGAUUCGAGCGUGAGUAACUUCGUCGAGGUGCCGCUUUCUGCCGCACACACCUCGAGCACUGAGCCUGAAUUUGGCCAAUUUGAUGUGCAAGCCAAUCUGCUCGAGGAGCUGCGUACAGUGUUGCGCGCGAAGCUAAUUGAGACGGUUCGAAACCCAAACUCAGCUUACGGCUUGGGGAACAUGUUCCCAGUCGAUUCCAGUGGAAUCAACAGUGUCGACGUGCAGGAGCUGCGCGUGAUCACAAGCCCGAACGGGGUUGUAGGCGACAGUUCGAUCCGGUUGGACACCACGUCCUUUGGGAGUAGGACUAGCGACUACGCGGCUGUUGCAAAAGCAGCGGCUGGCUUAAAUGCGACCAUGCACAGCAUGCGCAGUUUUGCUCACAGCUUCGCUGGGCGCCAAAACUUCGCUGAGUUCUACGAUAUCGGCUACAAGCGUUACAACGAGGGCGUGGGAGGGGAACACCGUAUUCGUAUUGAUUUUUCGAUCGGACCCUUCCGCGACGCCGAUGCGUUGACAAGUGUUCCUCAGAGUUCCGCUUGCCACCCUAAUCCGGUGCGCGGAGCAAGCGAGCACGAGACGACGUAUCUGUACGCACACGAAGACAUGGUUUCUGGCGCAUCGGCCUACGGCGUGAUUCCAGACUCUAUUCAGGCAGACGUCACGUCAGGAACCUCAUUGUCUAUGCGCUGUAGCAGCGUUUGGGACCUGUUCACUGACGCGACGGUGAAUAUUGCUCUAGAGGCUGCGCGAGUGCGUGGCUUCAUGACAGGCACUCUACCAGAAAGCGCGGUGCCAGACGUGUCAGGCGAGCCCCAAAUCUCACCCAUCAUCGGCCCUUCCACAAAACAAGGGGGGUCGGCGACUUCGCCAGACCCGGGGAGCAGCCCAGGAGGUUCAAACCUGAUAUGUAAUGAGGGCGCCGGUGAGCCGACGCGAAUCCAGCAUGGAAUGGCAGGGGACUAUUCACUAUUGUAUGAAACCCGUGACCCGAAAAACAUGCCGCACGACCACAUGCCCAGAAUUAUGCAACGGGCUGCGAUCACAGGUGGAGAACUUGAUCGCGUGCGCUUCGAGCUACAAGCGGGGGGCUCCAAUGAGUACCAAAUCUUUUUCGAGAGUUUGGAGAAGAUGGUGCUAGCAGUGGAUGGAACAGGCACACUCGUGGUGGCAAACGAACAAAUGGGUGCUACCGGUGCGCCACCUGAGCAACGCUGGGUAGUGACGGACCACCCUGAAUACACGGACCAGAGCGACUGCGGAAUGCCGGUGCUUGUAUGCAUUCAAAAUGUUGGCACAGCGUCCUUUUUGUCGUGGGAUACAGCGAUGAUGCCGAGUUAUCCGCACUUUUCGCCCAGUUGCGACACGAUGGCCAAGUGGGAAACUAGGCGCUAUCACUACGACAGCGAGAAGGCCUGCGGUCCUUGUAAAACUGUUGGCGGCCCGCCGCGACAGCUUUUAUCUCCGAGUGACUACUAUCGUCUGCCUCAGUAUCGUGUCACCGCGCACAGUGCGUUCUACGUGUCGACGCAGUACGAUGCGCCGCGUGGAGUCGCAUUGCUCCACAACGAGACAUCGGUGCACUUUGGACCUUUCCUGGAAAUUUCUCCACCGCAGACGACCACCACGACGACACCGUCUCCUGGAGAGAAUCCACUAGUAACGAUUAUGCCGGACAAGUUUCGCGCGGCGGAGUUUGCCUUCGCGAAGUUCGAGUUUGAGGCGGAGGAGUACGAAAAGAUUUGUCGGAGCGAAGAAGUGCUUGGGCGGGUCCUGCUCGCUGACUUCGCGAAUAACUGGCGCACAGAAUGGCUCGGGGAUGCGGAGAUACACAUUCCCAAUGACUUUGUGGUUGAGUUAGAAUUGCAGUUGCAUGCGAUGCGCCACAUAGAGGACAUGCAUGGUCAUAUGCGCGAACAUCACAUGCCAUCUGCCGCUACCGUGUGUGUGGACGUGGUUGAAGGCUUGGACAGUGCAGGUUCCGUCGGCUUCGACAAGGCGGCGGCGUCACUGGCGCCGCUCCUGUCCGGAGUGGAGCGCAAGCCAGGGGUCUACGGGCAUCUGAAGGACAAGAACGACAAUUACGGCUACAAGAAAUCCAUCUUCACAUGCAUGCAUCCUGGUCCCGUUUUUGAAGGGAAAAGGGGCAUGAGGAUGCGGCUGAAAAUAGAUUUAUGUUGGGUCUAAGACAAAGAUGGAAUGGGAACGGGAACGAUAGCAGGCCCGAUGGAAAAAGACAAGGCAUUGUGCCGCUCAGUGCAGAGUGGUGCGGGUCUUCGCGCGAUCGACAUCAGCGCUUUGUUUAUGCGGGAAUGCACGAGGCGAUGGCGCGAGUCCGACCACGAUGGAGCCACGCCAGCUUUGAGCUCGCCAACAGUAUUAGAGAUUCCGUUCUCGGACCGGCAUUGGAUGCAGCAGGGUUCGAAUGAUUCUCCGGCGUUUAGAAACGGACUCCCGAGUCACAUUUUCCCAGUCUCGGAGGACGUGGGUCGCAAGAUCGAGUUCGCGGUUCGCAUCGGCAUUCCGGACGAGCCAUCUUUCCCUAAAGUGCUGUUGCAGUUUGAAGCCGCGACGCAGGAAUAUGCGGGCUGGGUCCAGCCGCCGCUUUCGCCCGCUCGCUCGUACGUACCGCCCACUACGACUACUGGCCCGCCGAUAAGUGGAGAAAUGUGUCAGACGGCGCCCCUCCUGACCCUAGCCCACUGGGGUUCGAGCCAUUUUCUGGUAAGCGAAAAUGGGGCGAGCGGGUUGAUGCGUGACGGUUCUGCGGCCGCUGAAAAUCCCGCGUCUUCGAUGCAAAUCCAGUUUCAAGCGGACCCGAACAACCCGACCAGCCACGAUUACCAGAUCACGUGGCCUGGCUACCCAAACAUGGCCCUCAGCGUUUCGGAUGACGGAGAGGCCAAGUUGUCACUGUCUGCGAUGACCCUCCCGGUGCCACAGUCGCACCAGUGGCGUUUGACGCUGCACCCAGAUAACAGUGCAAAGCACCCAGGAUGUGGCGGUAUGACCGCUCAACUAUGCGUGACAAAUCUGAUGACUGGCAUGGCCCUGCUCAGUGACAGUGGCGCGAACGUCUACUUGUCUGGCACGGGUUGCAUCGCCGGAGAUCAGCGGUCCAGCUGGAUGGUGCGCCAUCAUGCGGACGAGCAGACGAACGGCUGCGGCGAAUGCAGUUUUCCAACGCCGCAGAAUACGGGCACCACGACGCCGGCUCCCUUUUUGGAGUGCAAUACGGGCGGAAGCGAGCCAAUCCGCGUGCAGCACGUAACGCCCGGUGACUACUCCCUCAUGUCCAAGGAGAUGAUGGGUGCUAUGGGACCCAGCUUCGAGGUGCAGGUCAUGAUGCGCAGCAUGAUGAGCCCACCUGAUGGCGACAAGCUGCGUUUCGAGCUGAUACCAAAAACGACCUACGAAUACCAAUUGCUCUUCGAAAGCAUGUCGAAUAAAGUUCUCGCUGUGGAGGCUUCGCCGUACAAUCUCGCAGUACAGGAACGAGAUCCAAACUUCGGGAAUCCGCCUCCAACACAGCGCUGGGCCGUUACGGAUAAUCCCAGCUAUGCGGACCACGGUGACUGCGGAAAACCCAUGUGGGUGUGCAUCAAGAACCUGGAAUCGAACCAAUUUCUAGCCUGGGAGAAAGGCCACUCGCAUCCCUACUUGAGUGGGACUUGCGACGGCUUUGGGCAGUGGGAGACCAGGCGUUACGACCAUGACGCCGAUAAAGCAUGUGGCGGAUGCCGUGUUACCGGCAAAGCCGCGGAAGCCAGCGGUUCGGGGCCAACGACUAUUGUGCCUGGCGCGACUACCAGCUCGAUGCCACCGACCACCGGCACGAUGUCCACCACCAACAUGUACGGGACCACCAGCUCGAUGCCGCCGUCGGCGACAACCAGUAUGUACGACGGGACUACCAGCGCGAUGCCGCCGACUACCAUGGCGCCGACUACCCAGGUGCCGACUACGCAGGUGCCGACUACGCAGGUGCCGACUACCCAGGUGCCGACUACCCAGGUACCGACUACCCAGGUGCCGACUACACUAACACCGACGACUACCCUGCCUCCGCCCACCGGGUGGAUCUGCAGCACCUCAGAUUCUUGGAUUCUAAUUUACGCAUCGAGUAGCAAACAAAACAACCUAGCAAUAUCGAAUAGUGGUACCGAACACCAUUAUUUAAAGGCGCGGACAGCGGUGUGGUUGAAGCCUAAAUGGCGAAGAUGGCGGUUGCGUAAGGUGAGCGGGCAGUAUAACAACUAUUACGUCCUCAAGGGGUAUCCGGAUAGCGGUGACUACUUUAACUUGAGAGUCAGGAGCACUGGUAAUGUCGAUAUAAAGGCCUCGUCAUCCACGGGAACCGGGAUUAGCGAGGAGUGGUGGGAGAUUACCGGGCACCCGAAUGGAGGUGACUACCUCUGCGUGCGCAAUGUGAGACGAGGCAGAUAUCUCGGGGACUCGGAUCAGAAAACAGGCGUCUCUGGAACAGGAGAAGAGGCGGAAUCCUUUAGCAGCUGCACUGCGAGUAAAACGCGAGUGCUAAUCACCGACUACGAGGACAAAAACGAGAAUCAGUGCUCUCCUUCGCGACGUGAACUCGACGAGAAGGAAAACAAAGACGAACUUGAUGUGGAACAAAAGGGAGGCAAGAAACUUGUGUCGGCCGGGGGUUCUGCAGCACCACCUCCCGCCAGAAGAGAGAAGCGGCAACUUUCCGGAGAGGGCCAGAUCGUAAGUUCCAAUCCCACCGGCGACCUCUCUCCAUCCUUUGUUUCUUCGUAUGGUGAGCGAAGCGGAAAUGUGCUGCGCAGUUAUUCGUCUUUCUCGAGCGACCGGGGCCCGACCUCUUGGACGGCCGCGCACGUGCGGCCGAGCGCUGUGCGGCUCCGCAUAGCUGGCGUGCGUGCACCGAGGAGGCACAUGCAGAGGCAAACGAAUCCGACGCUGCGCGCUUACCUGGAACAGCACCUUUCACAAGGUCAGCGCGCGCGACUAUUUGCGACUGAAAGGUCGCCUGCCUCGUUCCGUGUGGCGAAGAUGCGCAACCACGUGAGACACCAAGCCACUGAGGUCGCGGGAUCCCAAAAGAGCCACGACAUGUUUCAGGUACGCUAUUCUGAGGUCGAUUGCAUCAAUGUGCGGAGUCUCUGCACUUCGCCAAUGUCACCGGCUACGGGCGUCGCGCCCUGUGUGAAUGCUGUCAACGUGACCGUGAGCGUAACGUCGGAUGGCAGCACUGAGCAGCAACGGAUUUCUCUGUCUUCGGACCCGAGCACGGGGUUUUUGAAUCCGGACCACUACUGCUUGUUGCGCGAGAACCGCGC